GCACCGCUCCAGCCAUAUUGGGCUGUGGGGAGCGAGCGGCUCUAAUGUUCUAUGUCACCUGCAAAUAACCCGGGCAGGGCUCGAAAAAGCACCUCCACCACCUCCACAAUCCACACCAACACCACGUCCUCUCCACACACAAAAGUCCGUCAAAAUGAGCCCGGAAGCCUGGCUCCCGCAGCCCACCUUGUUCCUCACUGGCCUCACCUUGCUGCUCUCGCUGGCGCCCCCGAGACUGGGCAUGGAGGUCAUGGCCCCUGCCAUCAUCAAUGCCCUGAAUGGCUCCUCUGUGAAGCUCUCCUGCACCUUCAACUCUUGCUACAAGGUGGAGAACAAGCAGUUUUCCCUCAACUGGACGUACCAGGAGUGCAGUAACUGCUCGGAGGAGCUGUUCCUGCAGUUCCGCACCAAGAUCAUGAACAAGCAGCUGGACCGCUUCGGGAACCGCGUGGAGUUCACUGGCAACCCCGCCAAGUACGACGUGUCCUUCACCCUCAAAAACGUGCAGCUGGAGGACGAGGGCACCUACAACUGCUACGUGCUGAACCCCCCGGACCGGCACCGGGGCCACGGCAAGAUCAGCCUGAAGGUGCUCACCAAAGAGCCCCCGAAGCACGACUCGACGGUGGCCGUGAUCGUGGGCGCCUCGGUGGGCGGCUUCCUGGCCGUGGUGAUCCUGGUGCUGAUGGUGGUGAAAUGCGUGCGCCGGAAAAAGCAGCAGAGGCUCAACACGGACGACCAGAAGACAGAGGAGGAAGGGAAGACGGACGGCGAAGGCAACCCGGAUGAGGGCACCAAGUAAAGGCCCCCUGCCCGCCCCUCCCUCCUGUCCCCUGUACAGUGUGACCCUCUUGAUGUGCUUCCCAGAGCAAGGAUUUCUGUCUCCCCAGAGCAUCCCUCCUUCCAUGCAAACACCCAACCCAGCCUGGAGCAGGGCGCAGAGAGAAGGUCCCUGGAGCCUGGCUGUGCUGGGCAGGGCUGGGGAGGGGGGCUGAAGCCCCUGAGGCUGAGCUGGGACCAGCCUGUCCCCUGCUCUGAGUGCCAGCGUUGUGAGGAGGUGCUGGGGACGGGCUGGGGUGGGUGAGGGGGGGCCCUGUGCAGCCCCCACACAUGGAGGGCCUGGAGCAGGGGGUGCCUGGAGGGACAGAGGGGUCUGGCCAGCCCCGUGCCCCAUUGUCUGCUCUCUGUCCCAGUAGAAAAUGUGAGCAGGAGCCAGCAGUCUGCCCUUGGGGUCAGGACUUAUCCCCAGGUGCUCCUGCUGUGCCUGAGCCACUGGCACUGGUGUUCCCAUCCCGAGGGAUCCUGAGAGCUGCCAGUCUCCUCCUUGCAAGCUCGUGCUCCUCAGGGACUGUCCCGGGCCGCUCAGGAGUCAAGGCCAUGAGCCCACCCAGUGUCUUGGAUCUUUGCAGUGUUUUGGAACCAUUAACAGCCCUUGGUGUGUGAGGGAUGGACCCUUCCGCCUUUCGGGCUGGUUUGGGGUCUGAGCAUCUCAGCCCAAGAUGCUGGGCUGACCUUUUUGUGCUCGUUUCCUUCUUGGGAAGGGUGAUUGUGGUGGAAAAUGUCCUGCUGAUGUCAAACUGGGGUGGUGGGGAGUCCUGGGGUGAGGCUGCUCGGGACAAGGAGCUGCUGAAAGGGAGAGGAGCUUUUGGGCACUUGCUGGGAAGGACUGGGCACAAGAGCAGGCCCAGAGUUAGGACAGCUCUGUCACCCUGGAGCAGCCCUGCGAUGCUGAGACUGCCUCCUGCAGCCUCCCUGCAGAGCACUGCACACUGUAACUGCCAUGGCAAUGCACUGCCAGCGUGCCCAGCCCCCUGUGCCACCUGCCUCACCUGGCAGGUGAGCUAUGCUGGCUGCAGCAACGGGGCUUCAAGCAGGGAAUGACCCAGGGCAGUGUCCCCUGUGGCACCAGGCCUGAGCUUUUCUCUUCCCGUGGCUGCCAGGAGGGGGACAGUGCCCGGAGCCACAGGGGACACUGCCCAGGGACAGGUGAUGGAGGUCCUGUCACCCACGAGCAGCACUGCCAGGGGAGAAGGGACACCUUUGCCACGUCCCUGUGUAGGUGCCACCCUG